AGUCGCCGUCGGCAAACCAAGACACGUGAUCCAGUCAGUUGACAAGGCAAAACACGGCUGUAGAUCAAAAAAACAGGCGAGAUGGACCAUCAUCGGGUCGACAGGGUGGGCCUUCUGUCUCCCCUGGAGGAGUCCAGCGCAGAGAUAAGUCGAGACAGCGGCAUCGUCUCGCAAAGCGCCAGCAGUUUGUCCAUGGUGAGCGACAUCCUCAGCAGCGGCACCGUGUCGCAGAGCCCCAGCUUUGGCGCAGCGGUUAACGCUAUUUCUCACAGCCCGAGCCUCGAAGAGGCAGCGGAGCCCGGGACACCCGACCGGCAGUGCCCGGAGCAGGACGACGAAGUCCUGAGACACACCGCCCUCAGCUACGCCUCCUACAUCAGGGCGACAGCUGGAGACGAGAUAUUGUGUUUGGACAAGAGCUUGGAAGAAAUGCUGACAAGAGUAGAUGAGUUUGUUGGAAUGCUGGAUAUGAUACGUAACGACACCUCCCAAAUAGUAAAUGAAAACCUACCUCAAAUCCAGCAGAAGUCGGAUGAAAUGAGACAAAUAUACAGAAGAAUUGAUAAGUUAGAGGCCUUUGUGAAGAUGGUUGGGGCCAAUGUCAACGCAAUGGAGGAGCAGGUCACGCAGGCAGAGGGAGAACAAGGAACACUUCCGGGUGCUUUCAAGAAGAUCCUCCGCACAAUGAGUGUACCAGGCUUCUUAAACAAACCAACCAGCCCAAGAAGACCAGCACCACAUCAACGCCAAGAGAUCCCCACCGUGUUCAAGACAGACGACUAUUUCACAUCCAAGCCAGAACCGUGAUGCGCUGAAACAAUUUAAAACCUCACUUGCUUCUAACCUCAGAGGCCUCUUGGAAUAAACUUUUACUGCCAUCCAUUGGAAGAGGAUGCAUUGGUGCAGCGGCCUCAACAAAGCAAUAGUAGCCUUCAUGAACAAGUCACAGGGGGUCAAGACUGCAUUUUUGAUUUUUAAGUGUCAUUUUUUGGGCAGUAAGAGCACUGAACUGUAGCAAAAUGAUUUUAAAAGUGCCUGACUGGGUCUUUUCCCUGUCAGUUUUUUUUGGUUUUCACUAUUUGUGCGAUAAACAAUGGCAGAUUUGUGACAAGUUAGGAGGACAAAGUCCUCCCACAUGCCAAUAUUACACUUUAAAUAAGGUACAAUAGGCGGAGCUAUGAAGAUUACUUAGACUUAACCCAGCUUCUUUAUUAUUAUUUUUUAAUAAAUUACAUUCCUGUUGCUGAUGUUUGUAGAAAAAAACGCACGCUGUUAUUAAUGAUUCUGUAUUUCUAAUGUCUCAGCAAUAUGGAUUUCCUCCAGUUAAGCAUAUGUCUUCCACUUAAUAAGAUUUGCUUUAUUGCUGGCUUGAGUGACUGGCUGUGGAUGACAGUUGCUCGUUGAUAUGGGGCUACUUAUUUGAUUGCACUUUUCCAAUAAAAGCACACAAUAGUUGA